GCCGUGGCUUCCGGAGCUCCGCUGCCGCUUCGGGUUUUGCCUUGUGGAGCUGGUGUGGCUCCUGCGUCUUCGCUUGUUAUGGCCGCCGCCGUCGCUAUGGAGACAGAUGAUGCUGGAAAUCGACUUCGGUUUCAGUUGGAGUUGGAAUUUGUGCAGUGUUUGGCCAACCCAAAUUACCUAAAUUUUCUUGCCCAAAGAGGUUACUUCAAAGACAAAGCUUUUGUUAACUAUCUUAAGUACUUGCUUUACUGGAAAGAACCAGAAUAUGCCAAGUAUCUAAAGUACCCUCAGUGUUUACACAUGUUAGAACUGCUCCAAUACGAACACUUCCGGAAGGAGCUGGUGAAUGCUCAGUGUGCAAAAUUCAUUGAUGAACAGCAGAUCCUACACUGGCAACACUAUUCCCGGAAGCGGAUGCGUCUUCAGCAGGCUCUGGCAGAACAGCAACAGCAGAAUAACACGUCAGGAAAAUGAAGAACAUGAAACAGACCAGGCUUUUAAGAUGUGUAUAUAUGUAUCUCUUGUACAGUGAAGAUCAGACUCCUCUUCCUACUUAGUGUGCUUUUUAAUCAGCAAACUUUUUAUUGUUAAUAGAUUAUUUCUGUUCGACCAGAA